CUCUCCCUCCUUUGCAUCCAACGAGCACUGGCAACAGGAAGGAAGCCAACGACCAUCGCCAUGGCUGCCUCCACCGGAAAGUUGGCCAUGCUCACCCUUGCGGCAGUUGCCUGCACGUACGCUGCCAAGCAUCUGUUCCCUGGUCAAUCUCCCUUCCUUCUCUCUCUUCCUCUCCUCCUCUUCUUUCUCCCCUUCGUAUUCUCCCGCUCCGGCUCCAAUGGCGCCCCUCCCGGCCCCGUCUCCUUCCCUAUCUUUGGAAACUGGCUACAGGUCGGCAAUGACCUCAACCACCGGAACCUCGUGAACAUGGCGAAGAAGUACGGUAACGUGUUCCUGCUGCGGCUCGGGGUGCGUAACCUGGUGGUCGUCUCCGACCCCAAGCUGGCCACCGAGGUCCUCCACACGCAAGGGGUGGAGUUCGGCUCCCGGCCACGCAACGUGGUGUGGGACAUCUUCACCGACAGCGGCAAGGACAUGGUGUUCACCGAGUACGGCGACCACUGGCGCAGGAUGCGCCGGAUCAUGACGCUGCCCUUCUUCACGAACAAGGUGGUGCAGCAGUACAGGGGGAUGUGGGAGGAGGAGAUGGAUAUGGUGCUGCGGGACCUCCGCGGGGACCGGGCGGCGCAGUCGGAGGGGAUCGUCGUCCGCCGCCGGCUGCAGCUGAUGCUCUACAACAUCAUGUACCGGAUGAUGUUCGACGCCCGGUUCGAGUCGGUGUCGGACCCGCUGUUCCAGCAGGCGACGCGGUUCAACUCGGAGAGGAGCCGACUGGCGCAGAGCUUCGAGUACAACUACGGUGACUUCAUCCCCAUCCUCAGGCCCUUCCUGAGAAGCUACUUGAACAAGUGCAGGGACUUGCAGAGCAGGAGACUGGCCUUCUUCAACAACAACUAUGUGGAGAAAAGAAGAAAACUGAUGGCCGAAAGAGAAGGGGACAGACUCAGAUGCGCCAUGGAUUACAUACUAGAAGCAGAGAUGAACGGAGAAAUCAGCUCGGAUAACGUGAUAUACAUCGUGGAGAACAUAAAUGUUGCAGCCAUCGAGACCACCUUGUGGUCGAUGGAAUGGGCGAUAGCCGAACUGGUGAACCAUCCCAACGCCCAGACAAGGCUCAGGAAGGAGCUCCGUGACGUGCUCGGCGAUGAACCGGUGACGGAGACGAACCUGCACAGGCUGCCAUACCUGCAAGCGGUCGUCAAGGAAACUCUCAGGCUGCACUCGCCCAUCCCCCUGCUCGUCCCCCACAUGAACCUUGAGGAAGCCAAGCUCGGGGGAUACGACAUCCCGAAGCGAACGAAGGUGAUAGUGAACGCGUGGUGGCUGGGGAACAACCCCGAGUGGUGGAACAAGCCGGAGGAGUUCAGGCCGGAGCGGUUCUUGGACGAGGAGACGGAGGUGGAAGCGCUGGUGGGCGGAAAGGUGGACUUCAGGUUCCUUCCCUUCGGCGUCGGCCGGCGGAGCUGCCCCGGGAUCAUACUGGCGCUGCCGUUGCUGGGGCUCAUCGUCGGGAAACUGGUCAAGGAGUUCGAGAUGGUGCCGCCGCCGGGGACCGACAAGAUCGACGUGACCGAGAAAGGAGGCCAGUUCAGCCUGCAGAUCGCGGAGCACUCCACUAUUGCCUUCCAUCCGAUUGCACCAUGAGAGAUCUAAUAAGCUCGGGAGACUGUGUCCUCCUUCCCAUUAUGCAUCGUGUUCUUCUUGGGUUUGAUAUGUUUCUUUCUCUACACACUUCUUCUGCAACCUGUGAUUGCAAAAAGCUGUGGUCGAAAUGAAGUUACAGGUGAAAAUAAUACCUUUACAUGGUUAUACACA